UUCUUUCCCCUAUAAUUGGGUAACGACAAUUAACAGUUUGAAAUUUUCAACUAUCGGAUUACGUGGGAUUUUCGACUCUUGGUGGAAUCACGCCUGUCAUGAGAAGAAGAAGAAAUUCUCCAACCACCGCUUAUGGUUGUUGCGUGGCGAUAAACUGUAGUGAUCUUGCCUAAUCCCGACGUCUUCCUCCCGUAUAAAAUCCGCCAAAACCAAUUAGGGGACUCACUGCUUCUUCGCGAUUCAAAGUUUGUGCAUCGUCUUAGAACUUCUUUAUCAAUUAAAAAUCUUAAAGAUUUUCUUCUUGAAAAAGCUUCAUGAAUUAAUAGAAAAAAAUUUAUUAAUUUUAGGGAUUUAAAUUACAUGUACUUAAAAUGUAUACCAAACGAUGUGUGUUUUUAGUUGUGCUUGCUGGAUUUUUGGUACACGUCAUAUACAGUCAAUUAGACGGUUACAUCCCAGGCCAAGAUUACCCAAUUUACAGCGAAGUACCGCAAGGUUUAUCCUUUAGAUGCGAACAAAGACCGCCAGGAUACUAUAGCGAUCCAGAAGCGCAAUGUCAGGUGUGGCACUGGUGUCUCCCAAGUGGUCAAAAGUUCAGCUUCCUUUGUCCCAAUGGUACAAUUUUCAACCAAUUUGCACGAGUUUGUGAUUGGUGGUUUAAUGUAGAUUGUGCCAAUGUUCCCAGCCUUUAUAAUAUUAACGAUGAUUUGUAUAAAGUUCCACCAAGUAAUCAACGAGGGAGAGCUGGAAGAAGUAGUGAUAAUAAUAAUGACAAUGAAGAAAAUUUUCAACAGUAGAAAAAUGCAUUGUAUUAAAUUCUAUUUAGAAUAGACACUAUUAAUUUAUUGUAGUGAUUUAAAUUUAACUUUUUGUUUAUAAUAUUACAGAUUUCUAGAUUAAAUUUAUAAUGUAUAGUAUAGGCAAAUAUAUUCGCUUUAUUGAGAACAAGAUAGAAUACAUGGCAGGAUGAUAUUGGUUAUUUGAAUUAUUAUAAAAUU